AUGAGCAAUUCAGAGGAUUCUUUCAAAGAUUUUGGUGGCGAUGGUGAAGCUUAUUGUAUAUUGUUUGCUAUAGAUGAGAAAUUUUCGGAAAAGGUUGAUGUUGUUGCUUGGGUGAAAGGCAUGGGCAUGGCAAAUGGUAUGAUAAUAAACGUAGUUUCUAGCAAGAGGAAGAAUGUUGUUCUGAUGAGAUGCUGUAAAGGGGGAAAGGUGUAUCCUGGUGAGUUUGGAAUGCAUAACCACGAGCUGUUUGACAAAGAUCAUCCCACGAGGGGCCUUAGCGAUGGAGUGAAACAGCUUAUACGGGAUAUGUCCAAAGAUGGGUGUAGACCGUGUCAGAUCAUGGCUGCGAUUGAGGGGAUAUUUCCUGAUGAAAAAGUUAACAGACGGCAAGUCUACAAUUUCAGGAAGAAAUUGCGUAAUGAGGGGUUCUCGGUCUUGGGUGACUCGAGUGCCAUGGAUGUCGCGACGAAGACACUAUCGGUGGCCAAGCAUCGUCGUUACAUCAUCAUGACAGAUUGCAAUCAAGAGACAGACGUUGUGGAAGCUAAUAAUCAAGAUGAGUACAAUAAAGCUGUUGUCGUAAUAAACCGUCGUUGGCAGUGUUUUCCGAGAGUUCUUAAUUAUAUCCAGAAGACAUGGCUAGUGGUUGACUACAAAUUCGUCAAGGUAUGGACGAAUGCUGUGUUUCAUAUGGGCAACACUGCUACAGGUUUCAAACUGGAGUACUCGAGACAGAAAAUUGGCACCCAUUAUUGCGGUUUUCCACUGAACCGCUUGAAGUGUCAAGUUUCACAUACAUGUUUGCAAAAACUGAACACUGAGUGGUCGAAGGCGCAAGAGUGGAAAGAAGAAACGAAUGAUAGAUGUGAUCAUGUGGUGUACUGGACUUGUCGAAUUCCAUGUGCGUGCGCCCUCAAAAAGGCUGCAGAUGCCGGCACAUCGAUAACUCUUAAGCAUAUUCACCCAUCCUGGGCGACCCUUAAUAUCGGUGAACAGGCUGGUACGAGUGCUCCUAGCGAUGUGGAUGACGAUGUCCUUUAUACCAGACAGUUGAUGGAAGAGCUGAACGAGUGUCCUAAGGCAGUACGACGCACGGACAAGUGGGCGAUGGCGAGAGAGGCAAUAGCGAGAGAGGCAAUGGCAAACGAGCUAGAACAGAAUUGGCAUUUGACAUCCUGCCAGGAAGAAGUCAGUCGUAUACGGUGGAGUGGACAGGGUUUCGCACCUGAUCGCUAUUGGAUGUGUGCGAUGGACUUGUUCGUAGUUGCGACUAUGAACAAUGCAAUUGUGUACUAUUACGGUGUAGGGGAAGAGAACCAGUCACUAAACUCCUCAUGUUGGAUUAUACUACCUGUCACUGCACGCGGUGAGGCAACAUGUCCGGCAUAUGAGAUUGGGGUAUGUCACCUUGGUAUUUACAAGCACUUCAUUUGGAUCAAUUUGAACGAUGACUUUCCAGUUCCACCGAUCAAUAAUCGGUGGACUAAGGAACAUCAGCCUAGAGUUGAUGGUUGGGAAUUACCACUUCUUCCUAGAAUUCAAGAUUGA